UGUGUAUGUCUAUGUGUGUGUGUAUGUCUAUGUGUGUGUGUGUGUGUGAGAGAAUGGGAGACUGUGUACUCUCUCUCUCCCUCUCCAAUAACUACUUGCAACCGAUAGUCCUACUGCUCAUUUCCCUAUCCUCUCUCCAUCCCCCUUCCAUCCAUCCAUCCUCAUCUCUCUCUACUAUCCUCCAUCCCCAUCCGUACCGUUUCCACUCCCGCCCCUGCACAUCUCCCAAGCCCGCCUCCCAACCAACGGUAAAACAAAAAAAGUCGCGCCGCUGCUGCUGGAGUCCGCACGGCCACCUGCUACAAGCCCAAUUACGGAGAGGGGCCUCUGCGACUGCGCCAUUGCUGAUCGCAUCCGUCCCAUCGUUUUUGCGUGCCCCGACGCCCCUCGCUGCUGUUGCACGUCCUCCAAUCCUGCCUAGCUGACCUUAUCCUUCGACACGUAGUGUAGCGGAACCCUCCACGGUCCCUGCUUCACCACCACUCCUCUCAUCUCGACUCCCCCUCACCACUGCUAUCCACAGCCAUGACAACCGCCGUCGCUCAAACCCCGGUCCCGGCAUCCCAUGCCCCAGCCAACUUGGACCACUCCCACCCCUCGAGGACAUAUGCCGCCAUCGCGCCCUCCACCACCUCUUCUGCUUCUUCUCCCAUCAUCGUGACGCCCAACUCCAAAGCUUCGCACAACAACACCAGGGUAUCGGAUAACAAUGCUUCACCUACCUCCUCCAGUGAUGGCUCCGUACCCCACCAGCGAGCAGCGGAGGGAAAGCGCUCACCACUUUCGUCCCGCGGCCUCCAGUCCGCCGCUCCCAAAAUCGUCGUCAAGAAAGAGCCCUCGUCGCCCGACAUGACCACCUCGCGCCAUCGCCCGCGCCGUCUCGACUUGUCCGCCUCCAACAGCAUCGUCCACUCCUCGGGCGCCCUCACCGCCAGGCCCGCUGGGCCCUUGACUGCCAACGACAUGGGCCUCGCCUGCCUGUCCCCCGGCUUCCACACCAACGACCCUUCGAUGCGCGAGCAGCUUCACAAGAGCAUGGACGUCCGAGAGCGACAGAGGCAGAUCAUCGAAGCCCGCCAAAAGCACGGCGGGCCAGGCACCGCUACUCCUUCGCUCGGUGCCAUGGGCGGCAAGAAUGGCUUGGGUGAAGACGACAACAGCACUCCCCGACCCCACGAUGCCAGUCCCUUUGGUCGUCCCAUCAAGACUCCCACCACCGCCAGGAGAAAGGGCCCACCUCCCGGUCUUUCCAUCGCGCCUCCUUCCCACUCCCAGUUUGCCAACGAGAGAGUCAUCCAGUCGGCUCCCAUCAACCAGUCCUUCACUGGUCUCCGCAACAUUCCCCCCUCGCGCCAGCUCGCAAACGCUCCUUCCAACCUUUCCCAGUCUUCGCACAUCCACCACGUUCCUGCGCAACAGACCAACAACCGCCUGCCGCCGAUUGCCGACGUCUUCCCCGAGCCUCUGGGCACCGCCCGCAACCCCUACGGAAACAACAGCCCUGGCACCUCGUCGCACUCGAAUCAGCCGCCGCCGCUGCCUUCGCCUGGUUUCCCUCACCACCAGCAGGCCCCGUUGACAUCUCGCCCGCGCGAGUACAAGUCUGCCGAGGAGGCCGUUCAGUCUCUGUCCGGUGGUCGCGAGGACCUCUUGCCACGCAUCGUCCACUACGGCGGACACCAACCCCCAACUCCCCCCUCGCCAAUGCCCAACAAGAACGCAUCUUCGUCAUACAUGGCCAACGCCGACGUUCAGCGCAGUGGCAGCUCGCGAAGGCGCCCAAGAGAUGAAUAUGAACGCGAUAUGGGAACUCCGCCGCUCGGCCGCCAGCAGCCGCGCACCGGCCCCUUUGGCGAAGGCCGUGAUACUCCCGAGACCCAGCGCAAGAAGAAGGAAGAAUUCAUUGGCUUGUGUGCAAGAGCUUGGGAUCUGUUUCAUUCGUAAAUAAAAUGGCUUCGGCCUUUGUCGGAUCGUCGCGGCGUCCUUCGGGAGCUCGAGACAGGACGAACUGCUGUCUACGGACACGCCCUUCGCUUGCAUCUUUUCUAUGUUCAGCUCCGUUUCACCACUUCGUUCGCCAUUCCUGCAUCUAUUGCACCGAUAUCUGUGCGCACGAUACAGCUAUAUUACCCUUCGAUCGCCUUCGACGUCACUUUUUCCACUAUUCUCGAAACACCUUUCGCACGCGCGCCUCUUAUUUCCUUGAUAUACCACCCCUCAAAAAAGCGCCGGCAAUCUAAUAGGGCUCGUACGGAUAUUCUUCACGGUUACCAUCUUCUUCCUUGUCUCUCAGCUUAUGCCUUUAUUCACUCUGCCUUCUUCAUGUCCACAGGUACGAGGACAAAGGAUUGGAUUGUGGAUGUUAUCUGUUCAUGGUUUCAUGACGUGGCUGGGCAUGGGAUUUUUUUCGCUUCUACUAUUUUUCCUUCGUCGCUACGCUUCCUGCAUGAAACACACGCGUGUCUCAUGCUUGUAUGAGGGUAUUACGGGUCACGCAGUCAUAUACGCAAAGGGACCUUUAACCGACUUCUUCUUUUGUCUAAUUCGAGCUCAAUACCUUUUUCGCGUCAGACCAUCUUGUCUCGUCUCUUUCUCGACUAUCGCUAUCUUUACCAUUUACCCACAUUAUCGCGUCUUUUUUUUCAUACCUACUCUUGUUACUUCUUCUCUUUGGUCGUGGCAGGGAUUUCCCCCCACAGACACUCUAGGGUGGCGUUUAUUAUUGUUUCAUUUGUUGCACCGGUGGUUGAGGAACAACGUGGAUGGAUCGGGGUCGGAUUUGAAUGAUGGGGGUUCUUUGGGUGGAAAUCGUCGAUUUGAGGGAAUUUGUUAGGUGUGGAUGAAAGUUUGGGCGAUGGUUGGGUUUGAGAACUCUUUCAUCACCAUCUAGUUGUUUCCUUCUCCGAGUCGCGACUUUUUUACCUUUUUGACACUCGAAUUCAAAUGCUUCAUUUUUUUUCAAAUCAUUCCUAGCCGUUUUCAUGCCUGUGAUUGUGACGACUUUUUUUUUUCCCUUCUUUUCUCUGACCUUCCUACCUAACAAACAAACAUCCAAAUCUCAAAACAUAAACAAACACACAUCUCGAAACAGGCAUAUCCUAUCGACUUUUCUCAAUAACCUUCCCUAUCCCAGGAUUCCCCUUCCCAUCGAUAGUAGUCUCUCGAGAGAGACUAUCGAUACUAACUAAGCUAGCUAGCUUAUCGGAGUACGCAACGCACGCACGCAACGCACGCGACGCAUACGCAUACGCACACGCCGCAACGUAAUCGCAGCCCUCGUCCUCGCACGCACCAUUGCUCUUCCCACACACUAUUGCUCAUUGUCCGUGUCCGGAACUAAUGGCAGGCGAGAGGACAUUCUGUCUUGAAUGGAAAGGAAAAAACAAUAAUUAACCAAGGGAAGCCCGGGAAAAAAAAUUGAUUCAACGGGGCUUGGUACAUGACUCUUUCCCUCUCUUACUCUCUCUCUCUCUCUCUUUGUUUCUCUUUGCCCGGAUCUAUUGAAAGAUAAUUUUUGUGAAAAAAAAAAAGAGUAGUCAUAGGAUGGCAAAAAGGAUUUCAUUUCGCUGGCUGUGUGCUUAUGUGUAU